UUAAAAUAGCGUCGUCUGUUUUCAUCCCUUAUUGGGUUUCAAAGGGCUGGUUCAAGAGCUUAUAAAUAUGAUUCAUCUCCUCCUCAUCAUGGUCAGUCUCACAAGAGAAUCAACUUCAUAACAUCUUUCGAGAAGCAUCUUCGAAACACUUUACAAACAGCCAUCAUGGUUUUCACACUGUUGCAGAGGGUAAUUCUUGUUAUCUUUCUGCUUCCUCUUUGUACUGAAAGUGUGAAGGGUGAGACUGUGGAUAUUAACACUCUUGGCCGCAUUCACACCUUUUUUCAUGAGAAUUAUGAAAUAGGCCAGUAUGCAGUAGCCAUCAAUGUCCCAAAGGAGCAGUGUCAGGCGAAUUUCAGUCCCUCAAAGAAAAACUUUCUGAAAGAUGACAAAGGAGAAAAUGUGAAAAACAUUAUAAAAAAUGAUAUAAAUCCUGUCUACAAAGGCACAGAGCUCAUUGCUGCAGGGGUUCAGAGGAAUCCAUACACUGCUCAUUCAGAGUUUCUACUUUUGAGUUCCCCUUUGACAUAUUUAUUGAAUAAGGGAAAGGACAGAUGUGUUGUUUUCUACACCUUAAACUCUCCCUGUAUUAACACCUGUCUCAGUGGAAAGUACAACAUUAAACCAGGUGUUGAUAAAUUACAAAGUUACCAGGGAAUGAAAGCCUUUGUUUUCACAAAUAUCUGGACACAUGACCAGGACAGAAAAAAGGUCCUGAAAGAAAAACUGAAGCUGAUUGCUGAUAGCGUUCCACUUUUCCGCUGCAAGAACAAGAGGAGUUGUGUGCUUUGUGGAAAACCAGGGUCAAAGGAAAUAAAUGAGAUGUGCUUGAAUAAUGAAAACAAAGUUUAGUUCUGCCUUGCUCAGUCAGUUGUGUUGAGUUGUUUUCCAGCGAUUCUACUUUAGUUUGGCUAAUGUGUUAAUGAGCUGCUUUUUUUUUUUUUAGAUUAACCUGUGUGUGUGUGUGUGUGGCUUCAAGAGAGCAAACAUACACCUGUGUUGUAUUUCAUUUCUUUAAUUCUUAUAAAUGUCUUAUAUAUUUCUUAAUUUCUUUAUGUAUCAUUUUAUAUACUUUUCAUUCUCAUAUCUUUAAUAAUACUUUUAUGUUAAUUUACUGUUUAAUCUUAUGCUAUGUACUGUAUCGUGUUCACAAGUUAGAGGUAAAGAGUGGUCUCCAUUUCAAGGUUUUCAACGUCAUGGGACAAUGUUGUGAAUAAAUAAUUUUCCUUUGUCUUUGCUUGGUAUAAUAACACUUGUUGAACUUGUGCUGGUCAGAUGAAGUCAGACUGCGCAUCAGGGCUGUAUCCACAUUAUACUUUGUGGGGUAGUUCAUUUAUAAAUGUAAAAUGAAGAUGCGAUAUGCCAGACCCAACAAUGCAAAAGAGCUGAAGGCCACUAUCAGAGCAACCUGGGCUCUCAUAACACCCGAGCAGUGCCACAGACUGAUCGACUCCAUGCCACGCCGCAUUGCUGCAGUAAUUCAGGCAAAAGGAGCCCCAACUAAGUAUUGAGUGCUGUACAUGCUCAUACUUCUCAUGUUCAUACUUUUCAGUUGGCCAAGAUUUCUAAAAAUCCUUUCUUUGUAUUGGUCUUAAGUAAUAUUCUAAUUUUCUGAGAUACUGAAUUUGGGAUUUUCCUUAGUUGUCAGUUAUAAUCAUCAAAAUUAAAAGAAAUAAACAUUUGAAA